UUUUAUUUCGGCGGGGUCCUAAGCUGUCGCCAGUCUUCAGAACAUUUUAACUAGAAGUCAACUUCGGGCGAAGGAUAGCUAACAGCGGCUGACUGACCAGCACUGUGGCCGGCCUCUGUAAUCACAUUUCUGGGUCUUUGGGACUUUUAGUGUCAUGGCUUUGACCAUGAAGAUGGUCCGGGCAUUUUUGUGUGUCCUGUCCGUGUUUGUCUCACUGGUCUCGGAGAGGUUAGUGGUGCUGGCUGCCUUCUCUCAGUCUAUUGAUAGCGACUUCACGUUCACUCUGCCCGCCGGUCGAAAGGAGUGCUUCUACCAGACCAUGAAGAAGGAUGCCUCACUGGAGAUUGAAUAUCAGGUGUUAGAUGGUGCAGGCCUUGAUGUAGACUUCACUGUCUUCUCUCCUUUGGGCCAACUGCUGUUCAGUGACUACCACAAGUCUGAUGGUGUCCACACCAUAGACACUGAGGAGGGAGACUACAUGUUCUGCUUUGACAACACGUUCAGCUCAGUCUCUGAGAAGCUCAUCUUCUUCGAGUUGAUCCUGGACAACAUGGAUACAGAUGAAGACCCAGAUGACUGGAAGGAGUACGUCCACGGAACAGACAUCCUGGACAUGAAGCUGGAAGACAUUAUGGACACCAUCAACAAUGUGAAGGCUCGGCUGGGUAAAAGCUCUCAGAUCCAGACGCUUCUGCGAGCGUUCGAGGCUCGUGACCGAAACAUCCAGGAGAGCAACUUUGAAAGGGUGAACUUUUGGUCAGUGGUCAAUCUCAUUGCUAUGGUUCUGGUCUCGGGGGUUCAGGUCUACCUAGUCCGCUCACUGUUUGAAGAUAAACGGAAAAUUCGAACAUAACACAACCUGAAAUGGAGUGAAACAGAGAGACUGACAGUUGACAGUUGCCCACAAAAACCUUAUGGAUUUUUUUCAGCUGAUUUCCCCUUUUGUGACUUUUAAUCAAGGAUGUCAUAUACAUAUAUAUAUAUAUAUAUAU